AUGUCUGCUUCUUCUGCUUCCAAUAUCAACUCUUCGAUAUUCAUUCUCACGGGGUUCCCUGGCCUAGAACAAUACUAUCCCUGGUUUUCAGUUCCCUUUUCUUCGAUCUAUGCUGUGGUUUUCCUGGGAAACUGCCUGGUGCUGCAUGUGGUUCAUACUGAGCCGAGCCUGCAUGAGCCCAUGUUCUACUUCCUGGCCAUGCUGGCCCUCACUGACCUGUUCAUGGGGUUGUCCACAGUAUACACGGUGCUGGGGACGAUGUGGGGGCUCAGCCAGGAGAUUGGUCUAGAUGCCUGCAUUUCCCAGACUUAUUUUGUUCAUGGACUAUCUUUCAUGGAGUCUGGAGUCCUUCUUGCCAUGGCUUUUGAUCGCUUUAUAGCAAUUUGCAAUCCUCUGAGAUAUACAUCCAUUCUGACUAAUAGCAGGAUCAUUUGCUUCAUGGUGACCAUUUUGACAAGAAGCUCUUUGUCUAUUCUUCCUGUCAUCAUUCGUUUGAAGUUCUUUCCUUACUGCAGACCCCACAUUGUCUCUCAUUCCUUCUGCCUGCACCAGGAUCUACUCCGACUGGCCUGCUCUGACAUUCGCUUCAAUAGCUUCUAUGCCCUGGCUCUGGUGAUUUGUACCUUGUUGUUGGAUGCUGUCCUUAUUCUCAUCUCCUAUGUUUUCAUCUUGCAUACAGUGCUGGCAAUUGCAUCUCGAAAAGAGAGGCUCAAGGCUCUGGAGACCUGUGUCUCCCACCUCUGUGCAGUUCUGGUUUUCUACAUUCCCAUCAUUGGUCUCACUAUGGUACACCGCUUUGGAAAGCAUCUCUCACCUUUGGUUCAUGUCCUUAUGGGCAACAUCUAUAUUCUCUUUCCUCCCAUGAUGAAUCCAAUAAUCUAUAGUGUAAAGACCCAACAGAUUCGAAGCAGGAUGAAGAAGUGGUUUUCUCUGCAAAUGUAG